AUGGAGAUCCUAGUUCAUGUCUCCGCCCCCAGUUCCGCCCGCGAUGAUGCUCGAUACCGUGCUCAAGUCGCCGCCAUAUCCAGCGCCUUUGAGCCUGUGCCUGUCUCGCGUCCGUUGCUGAUCUCAGAUGAUCGGCAUUAUCAUCGUGAUGGAUUCUCACUAGUCCCAGCGAGCCGACAUCCCCCACCACCUGCGGAUGCGGAUGCCCCGGAGACUGCAGAGAAUGCAGAGCCCGCAGAGCCCGCAGACUCAGACUCCUCUUUGCUGCUGCAGGUGCCCGAGCCCGAGCUCAUUUCCGCGCCAUCCUCGGUCUCGAUUUCGAGCCUGGUUGUGGAAAAUGCCAGUCCGGCAAUACCUGAUCAGGCAAUAGCUGAUCAGGUAAAUGGGGCUUGCCAGACUAGCAGUGAUAGUCGCUGUGAUCCGGAUUUGGAGGUCCUGGAUCAGGACCAGCGGAGAAAGGUCUCGUUGGACAAUCGGCCAUCGCCUCGCGCAGAGGAGGGCUGUCCUGAAUCAAAUCUGUCUGGUCAUGGCAAUGGCACUGCCACUACCGCUGCCACUGCCACUGCCACCACAAUCGCAAAUCCAAAUCCAAAUUCAAAUCCAUGUCCACGGCGCGCGGAUCACCAGUCGAUCCCACCCAGUCCUAGUCCAGGGACAAAUCAAAGCGAACCCAAUCCACCGGUCCCAGCACUCCGUGAAUCUGAGUGUCAAAUAGCAGCCAUCAACGCUCAGCCUCAGAUUGCGCCCGACUCGUUGGGGAGUCUAAUAAGCAUGAUACCAGACUCGCAGCCAGAGUUGUCUGUGUCUGUGUCUGUGUCUGUGUCUGGAUACGCCCAGGAAUCAUGCCAGUCAGCAACGAGGUCUGCGGCACAGCUGCACGAGGACGAUGAUCAUGAUCAACCAAGCCGCUCACCUAAACGGCGACGGGUCGAGCCUUGUUCUCCCCGGCCCCGGCCCCAGAUGGGUCAGGGCCAGGGUCAGGGCGAGACUAUCGGCAUGGUUGCAGCAUUAGAAGGUACUGUCACUGUCACCCUGCCCUUGGACUCAGCACAUCACGUCGAAAAAGCACUUUCAAGUUCAAGCGACGAAUGUGGAAGUCUACCUGCUCCUGAGGUGCAGGGAGCAUAUCCGCAUUCACAUGCACCUACACAUCAACAUCCUAAUAUUUCCCCUUUCCCUACCCACCCCCAAAAUCCAAAUCCUGUUUCCGCAGACUCGGACCCGGUAGUCUCGGUAACAGAGACUCUCCCUCAUGCACAGGAGAAGCAUCAACAUCAACAUCAACAUAACACCAUCGCCAUCCUAUCUACUCUCCCCCUCUCCCUCAAACCCCCACCACCACCCAUCUCCACAUCAACAUUCACAACACACAUCACCCCAACCCUAUCCAUGCUCACGCAGCGCCUCAAACCCGCCCGCACGUAUAAACCAACACAUCAAGCCCGGGAACUAGAUAAGCUCGAGCGCGGAUACUGGGCUAUGCGUAUCGAUAUCGUCCCGAAAGCGGCGGAGUCAAAAUCAGCACCAACAUCAAUACAUGAACAAGAGAAACCCUCCACAAAAGACUGUUCUAGUGCUGGUGCCAGUCCUGUCUCUGAUCUAACCCAAACAUGGACCGAAACACAAUUCACACACUUCUGGACCUUUCUAUCAGACUUCAUCGCCAAAGAAGCCCGUGCAGGAUGGGGUGUGUGGUGUAUUGUUGAUCGUGUAGAAGCUCAACCCCAACUUCAACCUCAACCUCAUCUACCCGACACUCAUACUCACACCCAUACAGAAGCAAGCAUAGCAGGCGAAAUCCAUAUUCCAGUGCAACUAAAAGUUUACGCAUGGGGUGAAGUCGCCAUGCAUAUCUAUCUCAUGUUGUAUCUAGCGAGUGAGCGGCGGGUGAGGGGGAUGGGGUUGCGGUGGGUGGAUUCUUGGGAGGAGAUUGUUAUUCAGAUGCCUUGA